AUGAAGAAAAACACAACUUUGAAUAUUAUUGCCACUAAUAAGACAGAUAUAACCAAUUCUUCGCGAUCACUUCGACGCCAAGUUGGCGAAUUGGAGUCAGCGCUAGGCAGCAUCGUAAAUAAAUUAGAGGGUACUGGCAAAGCGGAGCAGUUCUACGAACCGUUCUGGCCAGGGGGUCAAUAUGUGUUCAUGAGGUAUGGCGAAAUAUGCGCUUGUCGCCGUGACGACUGGUGGGUUGGUCUAGAACUCAAGAAUUUUACAUCGCUAUGUGCCAUGGAGAAAGAAAAUUGUGAAAGUCCUGUAAAAAGUUGGUAUCCUUUACAUCGAGGUCUUUGCUCAUACUCUAAUAAUCCCCAUGAAUUCCUCUCAACAUUUGACGAGAUGUAUGAAGCGAGUACUCAGAAAUUUUUCUCCAGGGCUGAUUUCUAUGAACAGGAGUAUAGAGUGGAUGGAAACGGACCUGAAAUUGUAGCAAAGAAGAAAAGAAAAUAA